GCCUACCAUGCAUAAACUUCUCUCCGCCGAUAUGUUCUUGAUUGUCGACUUCAACUUUCUGGUGGCUUGGAUAAGAAGGCCUAGAGUGGGUCUAGCCUAGAUUUGACGACAAAAUGACGGAAACCAUUUUCUUGGAAGGCCGGGUAGCAUCAUAGAGUGGGAUGCUAGAAGAAGUCAUUGUUACACCCCAAAUAUUAUCGAAAAAUGCAGUUCAAGAACUUCCUUGUCAUCCUUGCAGCUAUUACUGGGGCAUCUGCUACUUGCACGGGAACGUCAAGCUGCCAGAAAACAUGUAGCUGCACUUGCACGGGCACCACUUUGACCACUAAUGGCGCGUCUGGUUGUUCGCUAGGGUCAGUCGGGGGUCAGGGGAUUUCUUGUCCUUCAGGCUCGGGAACCACAACCAGCACCGUGGCUUGUGACCAAGACUGUCCUGAUUGCAACUGCCCGAAUACACCCACCUGUCGCAACCCAACUCAGGGUUGUCAAAACACCAUCUCGAGAUGCAAUGUUCAGUCCUUUCUUUUCAAACCAACUCCUUCCCGGCCCCGGGGAGUAACCCAAAACCAGGGUGAGGGAGGGAGGAAUGCAAGGAAGAUUUGUUACAGGUGGAUAUUGGGGGAAUUGGACAGGUUCGAGGCCUUUCAAUCCGUGCAACUAUCAAUUGCUGUGUCAGGGGCCAAAGCCGCCUAACCGGCUUGGCCAAGGAGAUCUAAAUCGCAGUUCAACCUCGCGUUAAUAGUUAGUCAUUAUUAUAGCUAUCAAUUCAGUUUUUCGAGUCCUCCUAGCCAAGGAGGUACCAGUCAGUUAUUUCUUCUAUUUUGCAAAAUGCCCCGUCACAUCGUAUCACUAAGUCUGCUCUGACACACGG